AUGCCCGAAUAUAAACUCAUGAUCCGUUACGACAACUACGUCGUCUACGAUAACUAUGAUAGCCGCUUGCAGAAAAUAAUUGAAACCAAGUUCGGCGUGUUAGGCGCUACCAAUAUCCAGCCGUGCUUCAUGAAUCCAAGCCUUCCUCUACUUCUAAUUACUAGUUUCCACGCGCCGGCGAGCAUUCCGUUGAGUGAACUGAAGAAUGUAGUGCUGGAGGAAGGUAUUGCGAUUGAUGUUCAGCCGGUGGAGGAGUAUAAUAGGCUCUCACUUGGUUGA